AUGAUCAUGAUUCCUUCACCAACGACCCGAAUUAAAUCAAAACAAGCAAAACUGUCUCUAGACACAAGCUUUUCUAACAUGGGGUCACCCGCUUCGCCGUCUUCGCCAGUAUAUAGCCCUUUGGAUUCACCAACGCUUUCAGGCUCUUGGCAUAUGAAAUCUCAUGCUGAGCUUACCGCUUCAUUAAAAGAAGCUUAUAAUAUGGUUAAAGAGAAAGAAAGAGAUCUUACUCUUGCCGCUGAAAUCGGUAAAAGCUUGCUUGAGAAUAAUAUAGCUCUUAAAUCAAAAUAUGAGGAACUCGUAAUUGAAUACCAACAGUUACAACGUAAAGAGCGAAGUAAAGCUACUUUUGCGUUACAUGCUGAAAAACCAAACGUGGUUCCUAUCGCUCCUCCUAAUAGCUCUGUCAUUGAUGAUAGUGAUCUCGAAGAUAAUGAUUUGGAACCACACCAAAUUUCUACUUCCUUCGAAUCAUCACCUCAAUUAUAUGAUAGACCCGAUAAAUUAAGAAAUCGUAAGAAGAGUGAUCAACCUGUUAGUUAUAAAGACCUUGAAAAUAUAAAAGAAUUAGAACUCAGAAAUCAAUUACUCCAAUCCCAACUUGAUGAUCUUAUAAAGGAACAUAACGAUAGUGAUAGAGCUAAUAAAGCAAAAAUACGAAAAUUAGAGUCCGAUAUUAGUCAUUACCAAGAGGUUUAUACAUCUGCCACCCAUCAAAUUGAAGUCCUUGAACAAGAAAACGAACGUUUACAACAAAAACAAAAAUCAGAUUUUUGGAAUAUUAAAUAUAAUAAAAAAUCUACAAAUGAUGACGAUGUCAUCGAAACUUUACUAGCCAAAGUUUCGGAAUUAGAAUCUCAAAAUAACGCCGUUGAGCGUACCAAGGCUGAGAUUGAGAAACGACUUCAAAGAACUGUGAGGGAGUUGGAAGCUCUCCAAGAACAAUUCAAUGAUUUAUCAGAACAAUCAAAAGAUUAUGAGUUAUUGAAGGUUGCCCAUCGAGAACAAGAACUUCUUAUCAAUGAACUUAAUGAAUCUCUGGAAGAACAACGUGCUAUGAUCAUUGGUAUGAGAUCAAACAUGUACUCGAGAAAUCCUUCUAGGUCAAACUCUUUCUCUUAUUCGGAUAAUGGAAUGAUGACAAAUGCCAUAAGGCGAAUAAGUAAUCCAGAUGGUGUAAAUUCAUUCGGUUCUGUAACAAAUACCAAUUCACAGCAAACUUUUGGCAGCAAGAUGCGAAAUACUUUACUCUCUGAAUUGGAAAAUGUGUGGUUCAGAGAAGCUAACCUAUUUCAAAGAGAUAGGAAGAAAUCAAUUAGCGAAACAUCUCCUGCUUUCUCUCCUAUCGCUUCAGAAAAAGAUUUGGCAAAUUUCUUUUUGAAUGGUUCACAACCUGAUGAUGAUAUAUCUCAAUUAGAUUAUUUAUCUGAUGAUGAUUUUAGUUUCUUGGAUGAAUUUGAAGAAGAUGAUGAGAUGGCAAUGCGGAAACGAGAAUGGUUUUGGAGACGGUGGGCAAGAUAUGUAUACCGGUUACUUCGACUUAUUUGGCGUUGGUGUCGGUUUAUCAUUAUUUUAUUCUGUGCGGUAUUAAUGGCCCUAUGGCGUGGACCUGAUGACAUUCUUCCUAACGAUAUGUGA